AUGACAUGCUCAAAAAUAUUUUCAGGAGAUUUAACCGAAUUAACGGAUGAAAUUAUACAAUAUUUACGGAAUGAUAUUUCAACAUUGUAUUCAUGUAUUUUAGUUAAUAGAUUAUGGUGUCGUUUAGCAAUUCCAUUAUUAUGGGAAAACACAUUUUCAAUUAAAAAAUUUAAAUAUUAUCAUUUCAUUGAAAUUUAUUUACAAUAUUUAGAAGAAAAAGAUAAAGAAAAGUUACAAGAUUAUGGUAUUAAUAAAAAUUUAUCCCCUUUAAAUACAUUAUUCAAUUAUCUUAGUUUCAUUAAAUAUUUAAAUACACAGAAUAUUAUUUCAACUAUUAAACUUUGGGUUAGAGAUUCAUCAACUAGAGAAAUUGGAAAUCAAUCAAAUCAACUUACAUUACAAUCACAUCCAAAAUAUGAUCUUUUAAAAUUUAUAUAUGAAUCAUUAUUUAAGAUAUUUAUUGAAAGAGAAAUAAAUUUGAAUACUUUUGACAUUUUUAUCUUUUCAAAUGAUGAUUGUGAUUAUUUUAAUAUUGCUUUUAAAUUAAUUUUACAAAAUCAAAGUUUCAUUCAUAAUAUCAAAAAUUUAAAUUUCAACAUUUGUCCAACACAUAUAAAUAUAACAACAAUUAUCCCUUAUUUAAAAUCAAUUAAUACAAUUUCAUCACUUAGUUAUGAAUUUCAUGGUUGUCGUUAUGAUCAAUAUUUAAAUAUAAUUCAUUUACCACAUAAAUCUAAUUACAGAAACUUAAAUUAUUUAUUUACUUCAUUCAAAAAUUCUAAUAUUUUGAAUACUUUAAAAAUAAUUACUUUUCGUAAUAUUAGUUUUAAUAACAUUUUUGCUUUUAAUGAAAUAUUUGAACAAUUAAAUGUUUUAGAAUCUAUUCAUAUUAUUGAUUGUUACUCUUUAAAUUCUUUUAUUGAACGAAUUCUUAAUAUUACCAAACCUUUUAAAUUAAAAACUUUAUUUAUGAAUAAUGAGUUGCUAGAUAUUGAUUCAUUACAAUUAUUACUACAAAAAUCUGGUAAUUAUUUAGAAAAUAUUAGUUUUGGGCCAUUAAUAAAUGAAUCAAAACAACAAUCACUUGAAUUAAUUAUAAGUUAUUGUAUGAAGAUUAAAGUUUUGGAGUUAUUCGGAUUUGAUGAUCAAAAUAUUUAUUCAUUAUUCAAUUUUAUUGAAAAUAUUGGUCAAAAUCUUAAUCAUCUUGCAAUUCAUCAGAUAAGUGAUUCAUCUAAUAAUUUUGAAAUUAGCUUAAUUGUAUUACAAAAUUUAGGACAAAUCCUACCUUUUAAAUUAGAAUAUUUAGAUUUAAAUCUUAUAAUUGAAAAUGCAAAUGAUUUUAAAAUAUUUUUAAAAAAUUCUCAAAAUACUUUUAUUAAUAGAUUAUGUAUUAAAAUUAUUAUUAUUCGUGAAAGCGGGAAUGAUAUUUUACAUUAUAUAAAGGACUAUAUUAUGAGAAAGAAAAGAGUUAAAUAUUUGGGUUUUAAGGUGAAUAAUAAUGAAUUAUUCGUCUUAAAAGAUGAAGUAAAAGAAUUUGAAUUAUAUAAUAUUAAGGUUCAAAUUUAUUCUUCUUUAAGUACUGAUUUCGUUUAUAUUUUAAAAAAAAAUGUAUUAGUAACUAAUGUAUUCAUUAUAAAAUCAUAA